CACCAACAGAUCUGCCUUCAUCUUUACGCUUAUUGGUGCUGCAUCAUCAGUCUUCAUUGUGUUCUCUUUUUCACUUUACUCAUCAUCAGCAUCCUUUCUUUAAUCGUCCUCACCCCUUUCUUUCCUUGCUUAUUUAUUUCUAACGCAACUCCAACCUAACCAAUCAACUAUCAUGACUGCCUCUGCUGCCGAUACACCUAACACCGUUUGGGAUACAAAAACCCAACAAUUUCAUGGAGGACAGGAUUGGAAGUUUCUCAGCAAUUUUGUUGAAGACUUCUCUGUUACCACCAACUGCCUUGGCACUCCUGUCAAGGCUCUUCAAGCAGCUCGUGAUGCGAUCGCAACUUGUCACCAUUAUCCUCCUGCUAACCAAGAGCCCGCCAAGUCCUCUCUAGCUGAAUGGAUCUGGCCUGAGCACUGGGAGGCGAACAGAGAGCGUCUGUUGCUCGGUAAUGGUGCCUCUGAGUUAAUUGACCUCGUCAUUCGUUCAGCGCCCCAAGGAUCAUGGAAAGCUGGCCCAUGGGAUGUUCAGUACAAGGAAUACCAGCGAUCUGCUGAGACCAAUGGCCGUGACAUUCUCUCGCCUAAAGGCGAAGACAAGGCUAACGUCGUGUGCAUUGUCAACCCUUGCAAUCCUACUGGAGACUACAAAUCGAUUGAGGAGCUCAAGUCAUGGAUCUUGAACAAUGUUCAGGACAAUGGCGUUGUUGUUAUUGAUGAAUCGAUGCAAAUUUGGGUCGGACCCAACUUCCGUGAAGAUUCCAUGACAGCUCAGACCGAGUUCUUAGAAAAAACUUUCAAGGAGCGUAACAUCUCCAUCUAUGUAAUUCACUCUUGGACAAAGAUUUGGUCAUGCACUGGUCUUCGCCUAGGUUCUAUUGUGUGUCCUACUGUGGCUCAUUGUGUCGAGCUGAAGCGUAUUCAGGUUCCCUGGAGCGUCAACAGUCCAGCACUGGCGUUUUUGGAUGAGGUUGUCCGCGAUACUGAAUAUUUGGAAGAGACAUGGAGAGUGACACCGAUCUACCGUGCUCAGCUGAUUGAGCGUCUUAAGUCGCUUGCUAACGGUCGUUCUUGGGAAUAUUUUGGCAAGCCUUACCUCAGCUGGGUGUGGGCUGAUCUCAAGGAUGUUCAAACGGCCGAGAAGGCCGUAGCUUUGGCAAAACAAGCCGGCGUUCCUGUCCGUAGUGGCAAGCCAGGAUAUGAACGUCCAACGUUUGUGCGUAUUGCAGUUCGUGAGCCUAGUCAGGUCGAUGUUCUCCUCACAGCUUGGAAAGAUCUUUAAAAAAAAAAAAAAAAA